ACCGCUGCGGGCGGAGGGCGGGGCGGCCGGGGCGGCUCCGCUCCGUGCGGUGCAUGGGGCCUCACCGCGCUGCCGGGGCGCGGGGCGGCUGAGGGGGCCGUGGGGUCCGGUGCGGGAGCCUCCAUCCUUCCUUCCCCGCAGGGCUUGGGCCGGCGGAGCAGCAGCAGCAGCAGCAGCAGCAGCAGCAGCAGCAGCCCAGGGCAGGUCCCAUGAUGACAGUUCUCUCGAGAGGCAGCCAGCUUCUGCAGAAAACUUGUUCCAGCACUGAGCACUGCAGGUACCUGAAAUCUGAAAAGAGAAGAAAAAAAGCCAAUUUCUCCCUGACUGGCCAAGUUCGUUUAUGAGAUUGGAAAUAACUGUGAUCUCAAGCAUCCGUCUGCAUGCAGAGGUUUUUCACAGCGGAUAUUCAGCAUUGGUAAACGGAUUUUCGGAUUUGCAUGGGGUAAAAAUGAAGGCAGAAAUAAACUUCUGAAACUGAGUCGCAGUCCAGGAAUGAUGGCUUCCCAGCUGUAUACAUAUGCUUUCAAUAUCUCCCCAAUAGAGAAUAGGAGUCUGUGUAUAAAUGGAACACCAUGGAUUUGGCAUCUUCUAGAAGAAUGUGUCGAGAAUGCGUGGGAGUACUGGAGCGUUGUCAUAGGACUGAUUUCCAUUGUCUGUUUUCUGUUUGCUGCACUACCUCAAAUUUACGUUGCCUGUCGGAAUGGAAAGGUGGACCAAGCGCUGUCUUUGGGCUUUCUGCUGUGUUGGAUAGCUGGAGAUCUCACAAAUCUUAUAGGCUGCUAUUUAGCAAAUCAACUGCCAAUUCAGAAAGAUGUAUGUCACUCCCCUAUGGAAGUUUUCCUAAGCUGGAGGUGGACACAAGAGUGGAUGGAGAUGUCUUCUGUUUUACAACAUCGUGUGCAGCUCUGUUCCAUCUCCCUCAUUGUAAAGGGGGAAGAGAGACUCUCAGUUCUGACUUCUUGAGGCAGGAGGCACUAAGAUGGGGAGAUUCCAGACUGCUAGGAAACUGGGUAGAGCAGACUCCAGCAUCAGGGCAGGAAAAGAUUGAUCAGUCUGCCCAGACUGUCACUGCCAUCUCUUACGUUAACAUGGAUGUAAUUUUGAUUUCACAAUUUGUCUACUACAAGCUCAAGAAUCAGAAGAUGAUGAAAUGCAGCAAAAGCCUGAAGAAUUUCUGUGUAACCUGGAUCUUGAUGUGUGUAACCCUGUGUAUUGUUUUACCCUGCCAGCUGUUAAUAAGAAACCAAGAUCAGAGUUCAGUAAUGGAAAGGAGUAAUAACUCUCUUGAUAUGAUUGAAAUGUCAGGCUUCGUUUGUGGCUAUAUAUCUUGUGUAUUUUACUUGGGAAGUAGAUUUCCUCAGCUGUAUAAAAAUUUUCAGAGAAAGUCAACAGAAGGCACCUCUUACCUGUUGUUUGCAUUAGCCAUGCUGGGAAACUGUACGUAUGGCCUCAGCCUUGUCUUAAAGAUGCCUACUACUGAAUCUUUCCGAGCCCUCUACUUUUUACACCAUCUUCCGUGGCUGCUCGGGAGCUUUGGAGUUUUGUUACUAGAUGUUUUUGUGACUGUGCAGUUCCUUCUGUAUGGUCAGCACAAGGGGAGACAGCAUGCACUGGUGGCACUGGAGGUGGAGCCGCUGCUGCUGGGCGAGGAGCAGCCUAGCACUGUGCUCAGCCCUGCUCACGCCUGGUGAAUGCAAUGGAUGCAGGUGCUUCGUGCUCUCUCCCGGUGGAUAAUUUCCCCCGUGCUUCUCCUGGUGGGGCUCCAGGAGCCAGCAGGAUGGCAGUGUAUGAGGCACAGACAGAGGAAACCACCUUCAUUUGCCCAUCUGUGCGUCUAAAACUGCAGGAACUUGUGCAGAGCACAGUCUGGGAGCAGCAGCGCUGGCUGGCACAGGACAGGAGCCGUGACGUGUCCUGGCAGCCUUGCGUCUGCAAGAUGUAAGGUGCUUGGAUGCUGUGCUGCUGUUGCUACAAAACACCCCAGGAAGGGCUGCCAGUGGUCCGAACCCUGCCUGUUUCUUGUGUGUGUAACACUCCCAUGCCGUUUUCCUAGUGCUGCUGUGGGAGCAUUGCAGCAGGCAGAGCACGGAAUGUUGGCUGCCCCAGCUCCUGCUGUGCUGCCCAGGUGCAACGCAGCACCAACCUCCAGCAGGACCACUUUCAUCUGCCUCCCUCCCUGCCCAGAAGCUCCAAAGCUGCUUCUGUGUAGCAAGGCAGCUAGCGGUGAGCGGGUGCUGUGUUCUGGUGGUGCCCGCUGCCCAAACUGCAGCUUAAAAUCCGCAUCUUGCCGAGCAAAAGGGUUUGUAGUGCUAGUCGUGCUGCAUUCAGCACUUACCAUUGGUGUACGUCUGCUACGGAUUGCACACCGUGUCCGGGUCAGCUGAGAGCUGGGAUGAGUUAGAGGGGCUUGGAACAAGGUCUGCGUUGUGCCAGGGCCCUUGGUGCCAGCUUCAAUUGCUGCGCACUCACAGCAUUUAGCUUACAACAGAUUAUAAUACGCAUUCCAGUUGUAUGAUGUGAAGCUUUACAGCGUAUCUUUGUUCCUAAUCUUCCCCAUGCCAACGUGUAUCAUUGCAAUCUUCCUACCUACAUCAGACAAAUUACUUCAGUCGUUGCUUUGAAGCCCAGUGCAACCAACAAAUGCAGCGUGAUGCUCAUGGUCACUGCCACGGCCUGAAGAUGCCCCAAGCACAGCUCAGAAGAUGGGUUUUAUUUAAAAUGCUUUUUAUUCGAUGUUUCAUUUUAUAGUUAAAAAUGAGUAUAUGAGGAGGGCAUAUUAAAUGCUGAUCUUCUUGCUGAACUAUUUGCUAAUGUAAUUUUUGGUACCACAUCACGGGGAAGCUCUGAAUUCUUUUAUUUUUAUGUAAAAGCGCUGUCACAAAUCCAAGCAAGUUUUCAGCGUGAUGAGACCCUUAAAGAAGAGUUUUUCUCUUUUUGUUGUUAUUGAUGUCUCCUGAAAAGGAUAUCCUUAAGAUAUAGGGACAGCUAUAGCUGCUGGUACUCUGAAUUGCUAUGAGGGCUCGUGCUGCAAAGAGAGCCUUGACAAUGAUGGAUAACCUCCACAACUUCUCAAUAGCGGGUUUUGUUUAUCCUGCCUCUUCUUUGUGUUUGUGUCGAGUUUUUCACUUGGGGCUACGCUCAGCCUUUAAACACCGGCUCUGCCGCUCUCGCAUCGCCUCCCUCCUCCCCCUGCAGUAAACGGGCGGUGGACAUGGCCCCAGCCCCACACCAACAGUGGGUCUGGGUGAAAGUGAGGAUUCCUGAGUGACUUUGUGUGCGUGCCAGAGCAAGUGACGCUGCGAGAGGCCAAACCUUCAGAGCCUUUGCUCCUGGCUGUGCACAGAUCAGGAGCAGAGCCCGGGAUGCCGCGGGGCUUCCCACCAUCUCUGUGACUUUUCCCCCUCCUUCUGUUGGAGCUCUUUGGUUUUGGUUGAAAGGUUUUAAUAAAAUCACUGCUCUAAUGUAGAAAGACUUUUCCUGACAGCUUCGCAAUACUUGUAUAAACUCCCUGGUUUCUGGUUCAGUAGUUUUCAUUAAGAUGAUCUGGUGGAAGCUGGGGAGUAAAUGUGCAUGUGUGCACUCGGGGUGAGGAUGGAAGGGAGUUGUGUUGCACUGGAAAUCUUGGGCAGGAGACAAGCGGGUGCUUUGACCGUACUGCCUGAGUAAUAAAACAUUCGUAGGCAUGGGACAUGGCUCGUGAAACUCUGCAAAACCUUCCUUGCUCAGAAAGAAUUGGCCAUGGAGCAACUUUAAAAAGGCAGGGAGAGAAGGAUGUGGGAAGAGGAGCGAUGGGUACCGCAGUGAAGGUGCUGGGGCAGAAGCGUUGUCCUUGGGGUUGUCCCUGGGGUUGUCCUUGGGGUUACCAAAGCCCAAUCUGAGCCAAACCCCACAGCGAGCCCCGGGCACAGGGCUCUGGGGUUUGCAGUGCAAGCCCACCUCUAAUUAAUAGCAGUGUUUGCUUAAGGAGAUCAAUGUCUGUCCUUGACCUCAAUGCACAAUUUGAGCUAUUACUGUAUCACUAGAUAUGAAAUGAACUAUAAUACAUCUGAGAGGCAAACCGCUUAUUAUCGAACCCGGUAAUACAGAUGAGAAUCUUUUAUUAUAUCAAAUGAAAGCCGUGUGGUUAUAUUUAAAUACUCCGUCUGCUGAAGGCUGCAGUGAGAGACUUUUCCGCAGCUAAUUCACCGAGCAGCGGCUGGAGGCUAACCCGUGCCCCCGGCUCGCAUUAGCUCUCCCAAGAAGAGAAAUUGUUUGGGGGGAGAAGCUCUGCUAGCCAUGAUUAAA